GCCUCCAGCACCUCGCCCGGCGUGGCGGGCUGGGCAGGCACCCGGCAUGUGGGACCGGGUCCCUUCGCCCCAAUGCCCGGGCGAGAAGAGCUGAGUGGGUACCGGUGGUUGGAGCGGUGGAGGUGUCUCUCGGGGGCGGUCGUGGCCAGAACACCGGUCACUGUGAAGUUUCGUGUCCGCACUUUGCAAGGCUGUGAGUCUGGUAUUAUUUGGCUUCCUAAGAUCCUGUCUUAGCAAGAAGAAAGUGGAAAAUAAUCUUGGAGAGAAAACUAAAACAAUAAAAAAGCCAGAACUUAUUUUCACAUGGUUGUCAGCUUACCUACCAAUAUGGACACUCUUCACACCGUUUGUCCUCCUGGAGGAGACAGUGGGCUGAGAAAUUCUGACUCCGAGUUACAAAAAAUGUUAAUUGAUGAAAGGUUACGAUGUGAACAUCAUAAAAUUAAUUAUCAGACACUGAAAGCUGAACACACAAGGUUGCAAGAUGAGUACAAAAAGUCACAAAAUGAAUUGACACGCCUGUUAAAUGAAAAGCAAACUAACAUGGAAAAAUUUCAGCUGCUGUUUGAAGAGCUAAGAGAGGAAUUAUUAAAGAGAACUAAAGACUUAGAAGAAAUAAAGCCGCAGGUAUUAACUCCACAGAACCUGGAAUUGUUAAGAGCUCAAAUACAACAAGAAUUAGAAGCUCCAAUGAGAGAGCGUUUUAAGAGUCUAGAUGAAGAAGUUGAAAAGUAUAGAGCUGAAUAUAAUAAGCUUCGCUAUGAAUAUACAUUUCUUAAAUCAGAAUUUGCACACCAGAAAGAAGAAUUUGCACGUAUUUUAGAAGAAGAAAAAAUAAAAUAUGAUUCAGAGAUUGCAAGACUGGAGAAAGAGAAAGAAGAACUACAUAAUCAGCUAUUUAGUCUUGAUUCCACAACAGAAAGCAAACGAGUACAGCAACUUACUCGAGAAAAAGCCCAUUUGUGUCAGAAAUUAAAUGUUUUAGAGGCUGAAGUAGCUGAAUUAAGGGCUGAAAAAGAGAAUUCUGGUGCUCAGGUAGAAAAUAUCCAAAGAAUUCAAGUGCAGCAGUUGGCUGAGAUGCAGGCUACAGUCAGAUCCCUGGAGGCUGAAAAACAGUCAGUUAAACUACAGGCUGAACGCUUGGAAAAAGAGCUACAAUCAAGUAAUGAACAAAAUACUAUUUUAAUCAGUAAAUUGCAUAAAGCUGAACGGGAAAUAAAUGCAUUGACUAGUCAAGUAAAAGAACUUAAACAUUCAAACAAACUAGAAAUAACAGACAUCAAACUGGAAGCAGCAAGAGCUAAAAGUGAGCUAGAAAGAGAAAGAAAUAAGAUUCAGAGUGAACUGGAUGGAUUACAGUCAGACAAUGAAAUUCUCAAAUUAGCUGUUGAACACCACAAAGUGCUCUUAGCAGAAAAGGAUCGUGAUUUAAUACGUAAAGUACAAGCUGCCAAGGAAGAAGGUUAUCAAAAGCUUGUGGUAUUACAAGAUGAAAAGCUUGAACUUGAGAACAGAUUAGUGGAUUUAGAGAAAAAGAAAGUGGAAUCUGAUGUCUGCAGGCAGUCUGAAAAGGAUCAGUGUGAAGAGAAAUUGCGGGCUUCACAGAUGGCAGAAGAGUCGGCCAGAAGGGAACUUCAAAGUAUUAGGUUAAAACUUCAACAACAAAUUAUGAAUAUUGAAAAUGCAGAGAAAGAGAAAAAUGAAAAUUCUGACCUAAAACAGCAAAUCAGUCGUUUGCAGAUCCAAGUGACCUCACUUACACAGUCAGAGAAUGAAUUGCUGAAUUCAAACCAAAUGCUGAAGGAAAUGAUGGAGAGAUUAAAGCAAGAAUGCCGAGCUUUAAGAAGUCAAGCUGAAAAAGCGCAACUAGAAGUUGAAAAGACACAGGAAGAGAAGAAUAAUCAGUGGUUGGAAGAAAAACAUAAGCUUCAUGAACGUAUCAUAGACAGAGAAGAAAAGUACAACCAAGCUAAAGAGAAACUACAGCGAGCUGCAAUCGCCCAGAAAAAGAGAAAAUCUCUUCAUGAAAACAAAUUGAAGAGACUGCAGAAGAAAGUAGAAAUCUUGGAGGCAAAGAAAGAAGAAUUGGAAACAGAAAACCAGGUGUUAAAUAGACAAAAUGUUCCAUUUGAAGACUAUACAAGACUUCAAAAAAGACUAAAGGAUAUACAGAGAAGACAUAAUGAAUUUCGAAGUUUAAUUUUGGUUCCUAACAUACCUCCAGCAGCAUCUGUCAAUCUCGUUAGCUUUCAGUCAUCAACCAUGGUUCCAGGCACGGAACUAGCAUUUCCUCCUCAUGUGCAGGAGGAACAACAUCAAAGGGAACUCUCUCUACUUCGUAAAAGACUAGAAGAACUAGAAACGACACAAAGAAGACAACUAGAGGAACUUGGAACACCUGGGGAAUGAUGUUUUUGGAGAAAAGGGACGAAAUCAGUGACUCAAUAAAGCUUGAAGUUUUCACAUAUGUGGCAUUUGGAUACUUUAUUACUGUUUGCCAAAACCCUUGAGUUUGCCUCAAGAGAAGGUACCAGCCACAUGCCAUAUUGCAUGCAAGUCGGGAUUUUAGGGUUACAGGAAUGACAAGUAAAGCAUUAAAACAGCUUCAGAGGUAAAAUAUUUACAGACAGCCCUUUGAGAAUGUUAAAAAUAAAUAAGUGAACUUAUUUAAUUGGGGAAUCAAAUUUUAAAAUUGAUUUUACGUUGUUGAAUUUCUUCCUCGUCGUUGAGAUGCUUGGCAAUAACAGGGUCAGGAAACAUUUUCUGGUUUACUGUAUACAAGAGUUAUACACCUCUAGUUCUUGA